UUGCAGUUAGCGAAUUAUUGGCGAUAUAAAUAUGCGUGAAAUUCAUAAACUGAUGCAUAUUUGAUGUGGUUCUUGUUGUUUGAAGCUACACCACCAUGGGAAGUUUCAUGAAAAUGUUUGUCGGGGUUGUUUUUGCCAUUGGGUUUUUCGUGAACAUAGCAUCAGCUGAUCCUUUUCAAGAAGCAGCCAAACAAGGGGUUAAUGUUGCUGCUGAUAUGGCAAACAGUGCAAUAGACUUGGCAAAAACUGCAGCAAACGCUAUGGGCAAAGUUCCACUGGUAGGCGAAUUUCCUGGUGCACAACAAAUGACCAAUAUUGCAAACGGAGCUGCUGGUAUGGCUAAGGGUUUGGUCAAUUCUUUCAAGGAAAUGGCUGCUAAAGCAUCGGAUAUGAUACCAACGUCAAACCAACAAUCCUCACAGAAAUAACUAGCUGUAAAAUCAGAUUGGAUCUGUUUAAUAAAUGUAUAGAGAAAAAUCGUA